UCAAAGUGUGUGCUUGUGUGCCUUCCUUUUCCCCGCCCUCGCCCAUGAAGUCAUGGGUGAAAUAUGACAAAGCGAGAGGGAGAGGCAGAGGAGGAGGAGGGCCAAAGGCAAGUGGAACUUUGGGCGCAACAGUUUGGAGCAACUUGGGCCCACGCUAGAAGGGUCAAGGCUUUACUGGGCAUUUUCCAAAGCUGGCGUCCGCCGCAGCAGUGACAGAAGUCUCGGGAGCGAUGGGAGAAGACGGGGUGCAAGUGGAGAAGAGCGGGGCGCGGGUCUCGCCCGCCCCCGAGGCGCCCCUCGAUGCCAGGAGCAGCAGCCCCGUGCCUUCGGGCAGCCGCAGCCCCAGCCUGAAGCAGCUGCUCCCCUCGACGGGCUCCGGGGAGGCCGGCGCGCGCGACCCGUCGCAACAAGUCAACGCCAUCACGGUGCUGACCUUGCUGGACAAGCUGGUCAACAUGCUGGACGCGGUGCAGGAGAAGCAGAGCAAGAUGGAGCAGCGGCAGAUCGAUCUGGAAGGUUCGGUCAAAGGCAUCCAGAGCGACCUGAGCAAGCUGUGCAAGCACCACACCUCCACCUCCAACACGGUGGCCAAGUUGCUGGAGAAGUCGCGCAAGGUCAGCGCCCACACGCGCGAGGUGCGCGAGCGCAUGGACCGCCAGUGCGCCCAGGUCAAGCGCCUCGAGCACAACCACGCGCAGCUCCUCCGCAGAAACCACUUCAAGGUGCUCAUCUUCCAGGAAGAAAAUGAAAUCCCUGCCAGCGUCUUUGUCAAAGAACCUGUUGCCAGCAUUACUGAUGGGAAGGAAGGGUCUGUUGAUGAGAAUAAAACUCUGGAGGAAACUAUGCACACUGUAGAGUUGUCCUCAGAGGAUGAAGCUCCCCAUGAUGAAGGUGCAGAAGACAGCUUGGAUGAAAAAUUAGAGGAGUCCAGGGCUGAGAAGAUCAAGAGGUCAAGCCUCAAGAAGGUGGACAGCCUGAAGAAAGCAUUUUCCCGGCAAAAUAUUGAGAAGAAGAUGAACAAGUUUGGCACCAAGAUUGUGUCAGUUGAGCGGAGAGAGAAGAUUAAGAAGUCUCUCACCCCUAACCACCAGAAAUCAUCUUCAUCAAAGAGUUCAUCUUUCAAGGUUUCUCCCCUUACAUUCAAUGUGAAGAAAGUUCGAGAUGGAGACACUUCCAUGGAGGUGGAAGACAAGGCAGCAGAAGUUACUGGCAGUGAGCACACGGCAAACGACGAAGAGACCUCCUUCACUGAGAUCCACUCUGACCUGGCCUCUCACACGCCUCCAGCUGAAGAGGGGAAAGCCUUGGCCGACUCGCUGGAAAAAGAAACAGGAAGUGAAGGAGAAGCAGCAGUGAACAACAACAUUGAGCUUGCGAUUGUUGAAGAAGGUGACAACUAUAGGCCCUCGUUAGAAACCAGGCAGGAACAUUAUGACGAAAGGCACAAACCGACCAGAGGUGAAAUGGAACAAUUGGAUGAAGAAUCGAGCCGACCAGCUGUCCUCCAUGUAGACCAAACAGCAUAAAUCAUCUGGGCCCCUUUUAUGUUUCUCUAUAUUCAUGCAUUUUUAGCUACAGCAAUAACCUGGGUGUAAGUCUGUUACACAUUAAGCUAGGGGUAAUAGCAAGUUAAGGUGAAGUUGCUGCUGUUUUUAAGAUUUCUACACAUGUCUAAUUUCAUGACAUUAGAACUGAACUCCACAGUGAAAAAGUGAGGCCUGAUACCCAAGGUAAUUUAGAGUUAAGUCUGUUGACAUUUUGUAGACAACAUCAACCACCAUGCUUAGUGCCUGCAACUCCUCCAACUAUUUCUAUUCUUAGGUAAGAGUUGUUGCAGUUAAUUGUAUCUCCGGAUGCUAGAGGGAGAGCUGCAACACAUUGUUUAAAAGAACCUGCAGAGAAAGUUAGGGCAAUUGAGGAAGAGCAUAACUAACUAUCUUACAUAUUUAAUCACUUUAGCAUUCAUUAAACUCCCUCUGCCCCCAAGAAUCUUGGGAAUUGCAGUUCACGGAGGUGCUGAGAGUUCUCAGAGAUCCUUAGCUCCCACUCCAAUGAACUUCAGCUAUGAAGUUCUCUAGGGAGAAACAAUGUGUGUUCAACUAAGGCUAAACCAGGGGUACAGCUUUUAUCUUACAUUUUAUCAGCACCCCUUGCUGUUUGUUCAUUCAGAUACACAUUUCCAGUGUCUUUUUUUCCUUCCUGAACACAUGCUGCCCAGAAAGAAUGAACCUGGGACAGAGGGUGAGCCUACAUUAAAAAGGACACUUCGAUAGAUCCAGCUUUACCUUCUGAUCCCAAGAAAUAAUCUGUAUGAGAGGGAACAGUGGAAUACUUGCUGUGCCCUCUUUGCCAGUUAACUAGUUGCUCCUCUAUUCCCAAAACCACAUACCAUAGCUUGUACACUAUGUGCUAUUCCCUUCUUGUGUCUUUUUUGGUUGUUUUUUGGCAGUUUUAGCUACUUCCAUCCCAAUGAAACAGUCACACUUGGGUUCCUUGGGUUAAGUUUUUUGAUACUGUAUUGCUCCCACGAUGUGUCCCCCCCACCUUUAAGUAUGAACCUUGUUGAACAGAGGUGGAAAUUCUGUUGCCUUCCAGGUGUUGUUGGACUCCCGGUCCCAAUAUCCUAUUGGCUAGGGUUAAUGGGAGUAGCAGUCCAUGCCUGAUAAGCAGCAGAAUUUGCACUCUUGCUGUAUGACAAGAGCUACAGGAUAAAUAAUUGAAAACUAGCCCUUCCACCUACCCCCUAGUGUUAUACAAGCACUUGUUGGAUGAGGAUGUGUACAUUUACCAGGUAGAAAUGAUGCAGAAGGGCACUGCAUUGUGGGAUCAAAAAGUAAUAAAAGGAUCACACCAUUGUCGCUUUAACAUUCAUUUAGUAACUACUGUGACAGAGCAAUUAGCUUAUGUGAUUGUUAGCUGAAGGACCAUAUUAAUCAUUGCUUUAUUAGUCCUUCCAAUAUUGUGUCCAUUCUUCUUAGGUGCAUGUCUUGUUUUAUUUUGUCUUUUAAAAAAAAUCUGACAUUAUUAGAACUACAGUGCAGUCCUAUAGUAAGUACUCAUUGAGUACAACAGGACUAAUCCCAAGUGAAAGAGUUGUGCCUCAGUAAAAAGGGAUCAGUGAUGGAUGGUCUAGUGAGGAUCAUUUCCACAUGCCCCCAGGAUCAAUUUGAGCAAAUAUUUUUAUUUUUCUUAUUUUGAAUGGGAGUAGUAGCUGACAGUCUUUCAAGAUCUCCAGUCCCCUAGUCACCCACAGUUGUCCUCUCCUAGCUUGAUACUUAAUGUUUAUGACACUAAACAUCUUCAAGAUACAUGCCUUGCCUCUGAGUCUGAAUUAUAGAUAUUUUAGCCUAGGCAAGUUAUUCAUGGAUAGUGAUGGAAAACUGCAGAUCCAUUACUGUUGAUGUCCAAUCAGCCCAAAUCUUUAUGGCCAGUGAUCAGACAUGAUGGGAAGUGCAUCAUGAACAGUUGAAAUCCUAUGGAUUCCUCAGCACUGACCUCAGAUAAAGAGCCCUGAGAAACCUAACGGUGAGAAUUAGAUAUCUGUCUUGAAUAUCUGUGCUCCUUAGAAAUAUUCUGGUGCAGGUAGGAAGAUAUCUUGAGAAUGUGUUUCUCUUGCAGAAGUUGGGCUGUUGUCUUUUGUGUCUAUGACCCCAUUCCCACAAGGAAACUACUAUGAGCACAAUGAUAAGUGGGAGAUGGGAGGUGCUUUUAAUUGAGAAAACAACCUGUCAGUUUGUAUAGUAUGACACUCUUAUCUAGAGAUUCCAUAUCCAUGGUUUCAUUUACCCAUGUUCCAAAAAGGAUUUCCUCUCAGAAGUGUUUAUGGACCUCUCUAGGUUCUCCAGUGCUUUUCUAUGCUAUGCUCUGGCCCAAGUAUAGUCAAAAUAUUGGGUUCACUGUAAUCCAUAGUUUCAGGUAUCCAUGGGAGGAUCUUGGAACAUAUCCUCCUCAGAUACAGGAGUUGUAUUGUAUAAACGUAGCACUGUCUAUAUAUGCUCUCUAGCUGAGUUUGCUUUUUUGUCCCAAGUAUGCUGAUAAUGUAUAUACACAUACAUACAUACACACACACACACAUAUAUAUAUUAUAUUAUAUUUUAAGAGAGAGAAGUUUUUAAGAGAGAACAGUUCCUUACUCAAAACAAUUAUGUUUAAAUGGCAAAAGGGAGAUAUAUAUUGUAAUCUAAGCAGUCUGUAGAAAUAAUUAUCAAAUAGAGUCUUCUAUGCAACCAACUACUGUAUUUAAGAGUGCAAUGUGAGAAACAAGUUGGAAUAUUGCAAUAUAACUGAAGAAAGAGAAUAUAUGAUUUCAAAGACAGAAGAGGAAAGAAUUGAACAGUAAUGACUUUGAAGCAAUAACAAAUGACGUAUUUUGGAAGGAUGUUUUUUUUUUCUUUUGUACCUGUAUAAUGUUACUGACAAGGGUGUUUUGAGAAAUAUAUCAGUAGAUUAUUUGGAUGCAUAUAUUACAGAGGAUGAGGAUAAUAUUGCAAGAAAGUGCUGUGCAGUUUAGCCACCUUGAUUUUCACGGGACCAGAGUGUACAUAACUGCAGUGGCCACUGUCCAAAAUAUGGAGAAUGGUGGAAAAUAUUGGGGAAUGUUUAUGAUCCUUCACACAUCUGGUCAGUGUUCAACAAUAUGAAAUAACACUAGUGAAUGCUGACCAUGAGUUAACAAGCCAGUGAAUUUUAAAAACCUCCCUAUUUAGGGACAUGCACCACAAAUGUGUGAAGAAACAUUUGUAGCUUUCCCACCCUUUUUUUUUACCAUUUCCACAUUUUGUACAUUCAGUGUAAUUUAUAUUCAGAUGGAAAUAUAAAAACAAUUUUAAAGCAUGCAGAAUGCUUUCUUCUUGAGCUAGUGAAGUCAGAAGAUUUUAUAAUUUGUUGUGUGUAUUUUUUUUAAUUAUGUGCUUUGAGUUAUAAAGGGCAAUAAACACAACCCACCAAGAAUUUAUCCUGCACCGAUUCAGCAUAUAAUUUGCUUGUUCACAAUGUUGAUGCAUUUCAGGAGGGCUGGGAAAUGGAAAAGUUGAUCCCCAAUCUUUUCCAUCUUUCAAUAUGUACCGGACUUCAAAGUAGACAGCGUUGAAUUCUCUACAAAUACGAUACUUUACAAUCAAAAGCUGGACAAUUCAGAAAUGAAACCACAUUCCUGCUGCAAUUGAAUUAUCUUUGAAACCUUAAUUCCAUUAAUCACAAAGGUCAACCAUCAACAAAUAUGCAAUUACUUGACAAUCUUAUUUUAUUUGUAUGCAAUUUUUUACUCUUUUAACAUGGAUAAACCUACUUUUUACAUAACAUUGCAUUAAAGCCUUGCUUUUUUACCCCAAGAUAUGUUUAGAACUGCAAGUUAAGAAAACUGUAUUAGAAAUAUAUAUAUAUCUGUGACAGAGAGCCGUGCCAUGCAGUGAGCUUCCUACUACCUAUACCUGUUACUAGACGUUUGAUCAGAAUUGAUUUCUAAGCAGAUCUAUUGAUUGUUAAACUUUUUCUGAUAAAAAUAUAUCAAGAUUGUGAGAGUUGCCAUCAGAAGGGGGAAAACUGUGAUUAUAAUCCACACAUUCAUCUUAAUUUGAAUUAACAACUGUGCCUGUUACUAACUGCAGAUAUGAUCAAGCCAAUAAACAUGAAAUUAAGUGAA